CGAGUCCAUAGAGGGUGACUUCGCUGUGGCAGCUAAGUUGUUUUUUCUUGCGAUUUGUUUGUUUGUAUGCCGCAGUGCACUACUUCUUUGUUGUUAGUUUGUUCACAUUAUCAUCUAAUUUUGGAAAAUCAAGCUUCUAAAUUAAAAAAACCUAAUAACUUGUAAAUGUUGUUGUGCUCUAGUGAAGUCACCUCUGAUAAACUCGCUUUGUUGUUAUAGGCGAAUUCAUAUGCAUAAGUCGAUAGAUAGCCUUGGUGUAAUUGUUUAUUCUACAAUUUCAAACGAAAACAAAGGACGGAAAAAUGGCGAAUCAAGAAUCUCAAGUUAUGAGUUUGCCGUUACCGCCAACUCAAUAUAUAAAUCUUUUUUCCGAAGAAAACAUACGCCGCAAUCGCGCUCCUCGACCACCUCCUCCUAUACAAGAUUCUUACAGUAUGUUUGGUAUUCAAUAUAAUAACGAAGAAAUGAUACGCUCCUUGGAGUCGCAGAAUAUUAAACGCCUUAUUCCGCUACAUUUUGACCGCCGGAAGGAGUUGAAGAAACUAAAUCAUUCAUUAUUUGUAAAUUUUCUGGACCUAAUUGAUCUGCUGAUUCAAUAUCCUGAUAGUCCGCGAAGAACAGAAAAGAUAGAUGAUUUGAGCCUGCUGUUCGUACACAUGCACCAUUUAUUGAAUGAAUUUCGGCCUCAUCAAGCCCGUGAAACACUACGAGUCAUGAUGGAGAUGCAGAAACGGCAGCGUGUUGAGACUGCAACCCGGUUCCAAAAGCAUUUGGAACGUGUAAGAGAUAUAGUAAAUACAGCAUUUGCUGAUUUGCCUGAGAUACGUAAUGAUGAUCGUGAUAACGAUGAAAACGUUAAAAUGGAAAUAGAUACACAGGAGUUUAAUACAAAUAACCGAAGCGAUCAGCUGGAUCGCAUAAUGUGUAAAAUUAUUGAUGGAAUGGAUUAGAUGUAAAUUCUGACUUUCGCUUUAUGUACGCUAAUAUAAUACAUUACAUAAUUAAAAAUUAAAAUUUACAUUGUUAA